GUCCCUUCACGCUGAACUUUAUCAGGAUUAACCCCAGUUUGCAGAGCGUAACUCAAAGGAUAAGGGUGCUGUGUCGCAAAGCGUCGUGUCAGGAGCUGGGUGAGAAAGGAGAAAGAUUAGUGUGAGGUCAGGCUGUGUUUGAGCCACCAAAAGUCGGGACCUGGUUUUUCCUAAAUUCACCUGAAAUCGCACACCCACACACAAACUUCUCAUCAUGUGGGACAGGGUUUCUCACUUUGUCUCCUUUAUCAGACCAUAUUUUGCAAUAGCUGUCAUGCCGAAUUUCAUUUCCUGGUGGAUUCCCAUUUUUCAGCUGUAACCGCCUUUAACUGGAGACAGUUUUGUGGCUGCGACUGACAGAGAGCCAAAACAGCGGAGAGCUGUAAGCCUCAGUCUGACACCAAACGCAGAGGAAAGCGGCGGAUCUCCAGAGAACAGCACAGAAACGGGAGCAAGUUGGAGAAAAGGAUAACCUCACACUUUCAUGGACUUUGUUAAACAGAGCGAGACUUGCGCAAGUAGGAUCUGAUUCUUAUGACUGUGAGUAAAGACUGUGUAAAUUAUGUUUAAUUUCCCUUCAAAGUGGAUUACUCUGAAAAACACCUUGAACUCAUAGCGCAAUGGAAGCUGCAGGUUACAAAGAGUCAAGUCGGGCUUUGGAAACGCUUCUGCCGGUAGCUUACUGAACAGUUUGUGUCAGAGUCAUAAUGGUUGAACCGGUAGGGUUUGUGGAGGCAUGGAGAGCGCAGUUCCCUGAGUCUGAUCCCCCUAGCAUGGAGCUCAACUCACUGGGGGACAUUGAACAGGAGUUGGACAAAUGCAAGUCAUCCAUUAGGCACCUGGAGAAGGAAGUAAACAAGGAGCGCUUUCGGAUGAUCUACCUGCAGACUCUACUUGCAAAGGAGAGGAAGUCUUAUGAUGGGCAGAGAUGGGGAUUUAAAAGGAUGCCAGAGACAAAUGAUGAAGACAACCAGAGGUCCAGCAUAGAUGAGGCAGCAGCAGAGGAGCAGCAGCACAGGGUGGCUGGUAAGACGGCCAAGUGCAAACCACAUGUGAACACAGAGAUGGACGGUGCCUCCCCCUGCAAACACAAGGGUGGGGUGUCACCUGUCCGCCAAGACUCCGAGCUUCCUGAUUUCCCAGUGGGUGCAGGCUCGGUGGCAGCUCUGAGAUCCAACUUUGAGCGUAUCAGGAGGGCCAACUCUCACACAGCAGGUGAUGGCAGGGGCCUGUCAGUGAUGGGAGGACAAGAGAAACCCUUCUACGUGAACAUGGAGUACAAUCAUGAACGGGGGCUGGUCAGAGUCAACGACAGGGAGGUCUCGGACAAGAUCAGCAGCCUGGGCUGUCAAGCCAUGCAGAUGGAGCGGAAGAGGUCCAUGCAUUCCCUCCCUGGGAACCUGUCAGCCGCCACGGGGGACAUCAGCAAGGCUGUUCAGAGAGGCAGAUCCUCCGAGGGGAACUGCAGCUACAAUGGGUCAUACGAAGACGCCGAGGUCAACCCACACUCGCUGAAAGACUGUGUGAGCCGGUCCUCUGCGGGAAAGUCUGAGCGACAGCCACUGGAGUGCCACCCUUACACCAGUGUGUAUGUAGGGGGAAUGAUGGCUGAAGGGGACACUCGAGUCAUCCACAUUAGGGACCACAGCAUAGAGGAGGACAUGCACCUGACCUGGCCGAGGCGCUCCUACUCUCCUGGGAGCUUCGAUGACGUGGGAGGAGGCUACACACCGGACUGCAGCUCCAAUGAGAACCUGACAUCCAGUGAAGAGGACUUCUCCUCAAGCCAGUCCAGCCACGUGUCUCCCAGCCCCACCACUUAUCAGAUGUACAGGGAGAAAAGCCGUUCACCCUCCCAGCAGUCCUUCGACAGCAGCAGCCCACCCACACCUCUGUCUCACAUUCGUCUGAAGCAGCACGGCUUGGUUUCUGAGACCUCCAUCGCUGGAGUCCGUAAAGCGAGCCAGAUCUGGCCCAGCAACGGGGACUCCACUGCAUCCAGCAGAACCUCCCAUGACAACAGUGUUCAAGGAGAUCUAGAGGCUUCCUACAAUGAAAACUCUCCAUCAUACGGCUAUGACCUGGAGCACUCAGAAGAGCAUCAGCCUCACCACGACCCUCUGUCCUUCACCGGAUCUCCUUCCUCCUCGCCACGGCGCCGCUCCAAAAGCAGGAACAACCGAGACAAGCAGUCCUCCGGUUCUCUGGAGUCCACGCUGUCGGUGGAGCUGGAUCAGGAGAAGGGCUUAGAGAUGAGAAAGUGGGUUCUGUCAGGAAUCCUGGCCAGUGAAGAGACCUACCUCAGCCACCUGGAGGCCCUACUGAUACCCAUGAAGCCUCUGAAGGCAGCAGCCACAACAUCCCAACCGAUGCUGACCAUCCAGCAGAUAGAGACCAUCUUCUUCAAAGUGCCAGAGCUUCAUGAGAUCCACAAAGACUUCUAUGAUGCUCUGCUGCCCCGAGUCCAGAAUUGGAGCCACCAGCAGUGUGUGGGCGACCUCUUCCAGAAGCUGGCCAGCCAGCUUGGAGUGUACCGGGCCUUUGUGGAUAACUAUAAGGUUGCUGUGGAGACGGCAGACAAGUGCUGCCAGGCAAACGCUCAGUUUGCAGAGAUAUCUGAGAAUCUCAAAGUCAGAAGCACAAAGGAUUGCAAAGACCAGUCGGCUAAAUAUUCACUGGAAACUCUUCUCUACAAGCCUGUGGACAGGGUGACGCGCAGUACGCUUGUUCUGCAUGACCUACUGAAGCACACACCCGCCAGCCACCCAGACUAUCCGCUGUUACAGGACGCCCUGCGCAUCUCCCAGAACUUCCUGUCCAGUAUAAAUGAAGAGAUCACCCCGCGCAGACAGUCCAUGACAGUUAAGAAAGGAGAGAACCGUCAGCUACUGAGGGAUCGCUUUAUGGUGGAGCUGGUGGAAGGUUCCAGGAAACUCCGUCACGUCUUCCUCUUCACCGACCUGCUGCUCUGCACCAAGCUGAAGAAACAGGCUGCUGGGAAAGGGCAGCAGUACGACUGUAAGUGGUACAUCCCCCUGGCUGACCUGACCUUUCAGUCUAUCGAGGACUGUGAGUCCAGCCCUAUCCCGCUAGUUCAGGAUGAGGAGAUCGAUGCGAUGAAGAUCAAAAUCUCCCAGAUCAAGAAUGACAUCCAAAGAGAGAAGAGAACCACCAAAGGGCCCAAGGUGAUUGAGCGACUGAGGAAGAAGUUGUCAGACCAAGAGUCCCUGCUGCUUCUCAUGUCCCCCAACAUAGCAUUCAGAGUGGCCAACAGAAAUGGCAAAGGCUUCACGUUUCUAAUCUCUUCUGAUUACGAGCGUGCAGAGUGGAGGGAGAUCAUUCGCGAGCAGCAGAAGAAGUGCUUUAAAAGCUUCUCUCUGACUUCUCUGGAGCUGCAGAUGCUCACUAACUCAUGUGUGAAGCUCCAGACUGUUCACACCAUUCCAAUGACCAUGAAUAAGGAGGAUGAUGAAUCUCCUGGUUUAUACGGCUUUCUGAAUGUCAUUGUCCACUCUGCAUCGGGGCUCAAACAGAGCUUAAACCUGUACUGCUCUCUGGAGGUGGAUUCCUUUGGCUACUUUGUCAACAAAGCUAAGACACGUGUGUACAGAGACAGCACAGAGCCCAACUGGAACGAGGAGUUUGAGAUAGAACUGGAGGGCUCUCAGACGCUGAGGCUGCUCUGCUAUGAGAAGUGUUGCAACAAAGUGAAGCAAAGCAAAGAGGAUGGAGAGCUCUCAGACAAGAUUGUGGCUAAAGGACAAAUACAGUUGGACCCACAGACGCUACAAAGUAAAGACUGGCAGAGGACAGUCAUCGCCAUGAAUGGAAUUGAGGUGAAGCUUUCGAUGAAGUUCACCGGCAGAGAGUUCAGUUUGAAGCGAAUGCCUUCCCGGAAGCAGUCUGGCGUCUUUGGAGUGAAAAUCAACGUGGUAACAAAGCGAGAACGCUCCAAGGUCCCACUCAUUGUGCGCCAGUGUGUUGAGGAGAUUGAGCGACGAGGGAUGGACGAAGUGGGGAUUUACAGAGUAUCUGGCGUCGCAACUGACAUCCAGGCGCUGAAGGCUGCUUUUGAUUCAAACAACAAGGACGUGUCUCUCAUGAUGCGGGAGAUGGAUGUAAAUGCUAUCGCUGGAACACUGAAGCUGUAUUUCCGUGAGCUGCCAGAGCCUCUUUUCACCGAUGAGUUGUACCCAAACUUUGCUGGAGGCAUUGCUCUGUCUGAUAGCGUGGCCAAGGAGAGCUGUAUGCUCAAUCUGCUGCUGUCCCUGCCGGAGCCCAAUCUGGUGACUUUUCUCUUCCUGCUUGACCACUUGAAAAGGGUGGCUGAAAAUGAGAGCACCAAUAAGAUGUCUUUGCACAAUAUAGCCACCGUCUUUGGUCCCACUUUGCUCCGACCCUCUGAAAAAGACAGCAAAAUCUCAAGCGGCUCACAGCCGAUCUCCAUGAACGACAGCUGGUCUCUGGAGGUCAUGGCUCAGGUCCAAGUCCUUCUCUAUUUCCUUCAGCUUGAAAGCAUUCCAACACCUGACAGCAAACGUCAGAGCCUUCUCUUCUCUACUGAAGUAUAACAGUAACAUAAUGUCCCAUCGUGAGGAAGAUUGUCGGCUGCUUCGGGAGGUGGAUGCUGCUGAUUUCCUCUUCAUGUAGCCACCAGGGGGAGCCUUUGCCCUAUUCAAACCUGGAAAGAGCCACCACGGUCAAAUCCAUUGCUCUUGGAGAUGUUAAUGAACAUGUGGUGUUCUGCUUAAGCUUACCUGCUGUGUCAGUAAAAGGCACCUGUUUAUGACGUGUGGACAAAAUAUAUCAUUUAUUUUAAUUUAAUUUAAAUUUCAAGGAGCAAUAUUUACUGUAUUUAGUGUUUACCCCUUUUCUGUUUGGUCACUGCACAUUAGCUCCAUAUCCAUGGGGGGGACUUCGGCUGGAUUUUGUCAGAUGUGGGUGGAUGAUGGACUUAGCUGGAUGAAAGGACUUAUAUUUUUCAAGUCUAAACAUGUUUGCAUUUUUUUUUUUUAUAAAAAUGUUUGACUUGGUUUCAAGCUCACCUGUGCCAAUGUUUCCCUGCUGACAACCAGUAGAACAUUUCAGUUUUCCUAAUGUUUACACUCUCUGAAUUUUGUACAGAAUUUAAAAAGUAUGAGACUGAAAACUGUAGUUAAGAUGCAGCAACAUGCAGGCAUGUUGACCUAAACAUUGUUUUCUGUGCUAUAUGGUUUGUGACCUUUAGCAGGUUCUUCUGGUGGAGUCCGGGCCAACUUUCAUGUACAUACCAGUUUUUUGUUUGUUUGUUUGUUUUUUGGAGGAGGUACAGAGAAGUGAAAGGAAAAUCAUUCCAGAAAAGGCUUAGUUAUUCUACCCAUGGAAUGUAUACUGUGCUGUGUGUAAAUUUAAUUUCAGUUUUCUUUUUGCCCAUAUUUCAUGUGUCCACAUUGGGGUUUUUUGGUUUUAUUGUUUAGAUUCUGUCUGAACUGAUGUAUUCA